AAGUUGCUAGUGUCAAGUUGAUAUAUCAGCGGGUGAUAGUUGCCCAAGUGCCGCGGGUGUUUCGUUGACCGACGGAGUCUGUGCUGCAUCAAGAUGUGGGACUCGUCGACGUUUCUGUCGGCGCUGACGCCGAAGUUCUACGUGGCGCUGACGGGCACGUCGUCGCUGAUCUCGGGGCUGAUCCUGAUCUUCGAGUGGUGGUACUACCGCAAGUACGGCGCGUCGUUCAUUGAGCAAGUGUCUCUGGCGCACCUGGGGCCGUGGUUCGCGGCCGAAGAGCCGCCCGGCGCGCCGCCGCCCAUGCCGCAGGAGUGCAAGGUGUGGCGCAACCCCAUGGCAUUGCUCCGCGGCGCGGAGUACGCGCGCCUGUGGGCGGCCGCGCGGCGCGCCCCGCUCACCUACUACGACAUGAACCUGUCCGCCCAGGAGCAUCAAGCUUGGUUUGGUGUGGCCGGGGCUGACUCGCCCUGCGAGGCGGCGCUAGCGCUGGCGUGGCGCGAGCGCGAGCCCUCGGCGCGGGUGGCGGCCGCGCGCGCCGCGCUCGCCAUCCGGCCCGACUGCGCGGCCGCGCUGCUGCUGCUGGCGGAGGAGGACGCGCCCACUGUGGCGGAGGCGGAGCGGGUGCUGAAGCGCGCGUGGCGCUGCGCGGAGGCGGCGUGGCGCGUGUCCAGCGGCGCCGGGGCGGCCAGCGCGGCCGGCUCGGCGGCCCGGGCUCGCAGGGACUUGCUGGUGCUGGCGCACGUGAAGCGGCGCUCGGGCAUGUGCCUGCGGCGCCUGGGCCGGCUGCGCGACGCCGCGCGCGUGUUCCGCGAGCUGGCGCGCGACGGGCCCGCGCCGCUGCACGCGCACGAGAACCUGCUCGAGGUGCUGCUCGAGCAGCGCCUGUACCUGGACGCGCAGGCGGUGGUGGCGCGCUACGACGACCCGUCGCUGCCGCCCUCGGCCGCCGUGCUGUACACGGCGGCGCUGCUGCGCGCGCGCGCCGCCGCGCUGGCGCCGCGGCCGCACGCGGAGCUGCAGGCCGUCGAGGCGAUCCGGCGCGCCGUCGAGUUCAACCCGCACGUGCCGGCCUACCUGCUCGAGCUGCGGCCGCUCACGCUGCCCCCCGAGCACGUGCUGCGGCGCGGCGACAGCGAGGCGCUCGCGUACGCGUUCUGCCACCUGGCGCACUGGCGGGCCUGCGAGGGCGCGCUGCGGCUGCUGCGCGCGGCGCACGAGGCGGGGCCGGCGCCGCCGCGCGCGCCCUGCCUGGACCGCGAGCUGCUGCCGGCGCACCACGCGGGCGCGGCGCGGCGCGCGCGGCCCCUCCUGCCCCUGCUGGGCGCGCUGUGCGCGUGCGCGGCGGCGGGCGGCGCGGGGCUGGCGCUGUGCGCCGCGCGCUGGCCGCACGCCGCCGCCGCGCUGGCGCCCGAUCACCUGCUGCGCCUGCUGCACGCCGUGUAG